AUGCUUUGGCGCUACCACUUUCUCGACCUAACCGAAGCCCAAAAACAUGCCCGUCGCGAAACCCUCACCCGCUAUGCCCUCUACGCCCAGCUCUCGGCCAUGGUCCCCCUUUCUACAUUCCUCGCCUGUCGUCUGGCCAAACGGCUUGCCACACUCGCCGUCUCACGUGGCGGGGCUGGAAAUAAGGGGGCUUAUAAGGCUGUUCCUAGCUCACCCUCGCCAGAUGCCGUAGGGAGAGGCAGGAAAAGAGGAAAUUACCUCCAUCUAACCAAACGCCUGGGCCUCAUCGCCCUUUCUCAAUAUCCUCUACAAUAUCUUCUGAGCCUCAAAUCUUCUAUCUCUCCCUUAACCUAUAUUCUCCCAUCUUCACACGAGCACCUCAAUCAAUGGCAUCGCGUUCUUUCCCGAAUCAGCACUAUCCUCCUCUCCGCCCACGCGACACUCUACCUCAACUUCUUCGUGCAAACCAACCGUUGGAAUAGGCUUGGCGAUGGUGAUGUAAUCGCUGGCUUGGCCGCGAUCGGAUUGCUGGGAAUGAUGAUUGGCACCGCGCUCAGGCCGAUAAGGAGACUGUCGUAUCGCCUUUUCUUUGUGUUGCAUGUGCUGGUGGCACUUUUCAUGCCGGUGUUGGUGCUCUUCCAUGUCAAGCAUUCGAUUGCUGCCAAGAUUUUUGCCAUCGAAGCUCUUGUGGUGUUCGUGCUGGAUCUUGCUGCCCGGAAAGUGGGCACCGUUAUCGCUGAUGCCACGGUUGAGGCCAUUCCGGGGACAGAGCUUGUGCGAGUUAAAGCGUCCAUGCCUAGGGAGAAGAUCAAAAAGUUUAGGGCUGCGCCAGGCGGACAUGUCUACCUCAGCUUGCCUCCUGCGGCACGCGAAGGGCUGUUGGUCCCUGUCAGCAAGCUGGUGUACGAGUUUUUGUAUAACCCGUUCACCCUCGCGUCCGUCGACUCCAAAACCAACACUGUCACGCUCGUUGCAAAAAUCCAUCAGGGACCCAUGACUUCAGCCCUGGCUUCCUUUGCAUACAAGCAUAAGAGCACUGCUUCGUCCUCGAGUAACAAACCUGAUGAGGACACCGACUCCCUGUCGAAAACUCCUCUCGCCAUCGAAGGUCCCUACGGUCUAUUCCCACGUCGUUUUGCCGACCUCGUUUCGGGCAAAGUUGAUCGUGUGUUGCUCGUUGCUGGUGGUGUCGGAGCGACAUUUGUCGUGCCAGUCUACCGCGCACUGAAGGGUGAGGCUCCCUCGCUGCCGGUGAGGCUUGUGUGGGCUGUGAGGCAGGCCGGGGAGGCAACUUGGGCCCUUGCAGAAGGGGAAGCGGAGAACGUAUUGGGAGAGGAGGGUGUUGAGGUUUACAUCACUGGUGCUGGUGCUGGUGACAGCUCCAGUGGUGAAGAUGCGAACAUCGUGAAGGGCAAGGGCAAGAACAAGGGCAAGGCUAAGGUUAGCGUUAGGGUAGAGAAAGUGGGCCCAGCAGACAGCCAAGAGGGCGUUGAGCUCACACAUGUUGUUCAUGACCUUCAGACCGGCCGGUCUCUCGCUGUCGGAUGGCAUCGUCGUCAGAGGCCGGACUUGAAAAGGAUCGUGGACGAGGUGUUUACUCAGGGGAGGAGGGAGAGGGUUGCCGUGCUGGUGUGUGGGCCACAUGGCAUGCAAAGAGAGUUGAGGGGAUCCAUUGGGAAAUGGGUUGCGAAGGGAAGAGAGGUGUAUUGGCAUGCAGAAGCGUUUGAUCUGUAG